AUGACCGCGUGCAGCCACUGGACACACCCGCCGCCACUCAUGGGGCGUCGAACUGCCGGCCGUUGGCGGCAAGCGUCUCUGUGGGCUCUCUUCUUCUGCCUGUUGAUAAUCGGUUUCCUCGCACAUGGAGCCGAUUUCUCGUAUCCAGUUUCUGCCUCAGCUGCCGAAAGACCAGACGAGGGCGCCUACGGGGCGUCGAACGCGGGUGGCUCCCGGGGUGACGGCAGCGAAGGGGGGUUCAGCCUUUCUUCCCUCCUCAGCAUGACCCCGAGCAGCGAGACUGUUCAGCAACUUGUCGGAGACCUCGCCAAGCAGGCCACGGAGUUUCUGAAGGACAGCAGCAAACUGGAGCAACUGGGUCUGGGGCCUCUCCAGGACAACUUGGAACGCUUCACCUCGAUGCUUGGCGUCCGACCGGACCUGAAGAGAAUGGUUAUGCUGAAUCGGCGUCGACUUGAAGUCAUGUACAUGCCAGUAUUCGUAUUUUCCCGGCAACGCGCUCUCGACAAGAACGCAGAAGCCGACGACGCGACUCUAGCCAUCGUUUUGCGAGACCCGCACAUGACCAGGUUCCUUGGCAAGUAUGGCGAGGUGGAGCCGUUGCGAACGAUGUCUACCGCGCCGAAGCAGCUCGACAGCUUCCUGAAGCAGAUUCAAGAGCUGCAACAGUACGUUCUCCUGGACGGCCCCGUUGUGUUUUCUCUCGUAUCUCGACUCGACGCAAUCGUCGCCACCUUUCUCGACUACACCACCGCCAUGUUCUCAGCUCUCGCGCGGUACCUGAGUCUCACUGGCCGCUUCGCAAAAAACAAGAGAGCACUGUUUUUCUUCGGGAAGUACACGCUUCCCAGGCUGCUGAAGAUCUUUCUCGUCGUCAACAACAUCCAGGCGCAGCUGCUGCGCAAGAGCCAGGCCCUCGAGAGCCCGGAGGACGGGAAACAGCUCCGCAAGAUGCUGCGGACGUCUGUGAAGAAGACCACAGAAGCGGUGAACAGCCUGCAUGACUUCUCCAAGGGGUGCCUCAUUGGCUGCUCUGCGUCCUUCCAAAUCGAGUACGCUGCCAGCCUGAAAGACUACGAAGAAGGAGAACGCGUAGAGAUUGCGUUUCGCCGCUUCGCGGGCAGCCCCGCUCUCGAGGGCGUCAGCCUGCCGUCGUCGGACGAGGCGUUGAGCGAAAUGACGGUUGCUGCUCGCCGAGGGGCGCUUGACGCAUCUCAGUACCUCAGGGUCAUGCAGGAUCAGGCUCAGGAAGAUCACCAACUCUCGCGGCGCGAACAUGGAAGCACUGACGAGUCUGUUCUACGCGGUAUUGACCCUGCGGGCGCAGCGCUCGGAGCUGGACUCGGGUUCGACGGAGAGCCUCCAAGCACUGCCCCCGUGGCGGCGCCUUCACCGCCACCGCCACCGCCACCUGCCGCCGAUGUGGAUCAGGACCGCGCCGCUGCUCGGGAGCUACUCGAUUCGUACUGA